CUCACCCGGUGCUCACCGUUUCGCUCGCUCGCUUCACCUUCUCCUCACGGCAGGACACGCGCGAAACGAACGCACACGAAAGUACACGACAGGACGAACGAUAAGGAAAGGCGAUGUCGACCGUGCUCUCUGCAUUCUCGUUUGACAACACCCUCGGCGCGCUGCUCGUCGGCGGGCUCAUCAGCGGCAUACUCUACGGCAUUACAUGCACCCAGACCUAUGUCUACUACGAGCGCGGCGCAGGCGACCGGCCCUCGCUGAAGGCGUUCGUCGCCCUCCUAUGGCUGCUCAACACGCUCGAGUUCGUGUUUGACGCGCACAUGAUGUACUUUUACCUCAUCUCGAACUUCGCCACCCCCGCUGCGCUCACCGUCAAGCCCGUCUGGAGUCUCCUGAUCCACGUCUUGAUCACGUCGAUCACCGAUUUCCUCGUCCGAGCGAUGUUCGCCAGGCGGAUAUAUAGACUGAGCAACAAGAACAUGAUCUUGACCGGGCUCGUCCUGGCGACCUCGACGUUCGAUCUUGUCGUCGGCCUUGUCAUCACCGUCAAGGCGUUCUCGCUAUCGUCCAUCGAGAACCUGUCCAAGCUCUCCACGCUGUUCUACCUCAACUUUGCCGCGGGCACGUCCUCGGACGUCUACAUCGCCGUCGUGCUGUGCUACUUUCUCAACAAGUCGCGCACUGGCGGGUUCAACCUGCGUACGGAUUCGAUCAUCAAUGUUUUGAUGUUGUAUACCAUCAACACUGGCUUGCUCACUGCCGUCGACGCAACGCUUGGGAUGAUUUUAUACGCGGCUAUGCCGAAUAACAUGGUUUUCAUCGCGUUCUAUAUCCAGCUAAGCAAACUGUACGUCAAUGCGUACCUCGCGAUCCUCAACAACCGCGAGCUGCUGCGCGACAAGGUGUCCGAGGGCGUGUCGAUCCACCUGUCGCGCAUCACGCACCCGAGCGCAAACAAUCGCCCGUCGACAACGGACGAGACGACGCGUCCUGGGACCGGCAAGCGCCUGGAGCCGCUCGAGAUCGUCGUCCAGACGAGCAUCGAUCGCCGCACGGACUCGCAGCAGCACCUGCACCGCGGGAUGCUCGACGGACCCGGGCCGAGUCCGAGCACGUACAAAUUUGAGGACUCGAAGGAGCCGCUGACGUUUGACCGGAGGACGGUCGACAGCCUCUGAACUUUCCUGAACUCUUUGCGCGUCGGCAGGAUCGUGCGUCCGACGCGCGUAUUUAUGAUAUCCGUAUUGAGUGGAGGGUGGGAGGCAGCCUUGGCUUGUAUUAAAGGAAGGGAAAAACAAAACAAGUCGGGACCUUUGAAGGGCUCGAACGUGGAGACGACUAACGUGAUCUGUGUCCCUCUUUUGGUUGUCUGGUCGCUUGCUUAUCUGUCUGUCUGGCUGUAUGGCUAUUUGUCUGUUUACUUUAGUCUCCUGUUGUGUGUGAUCUAGCCUCCUUUGCUCCUGUCUGUCUUUUCUAUUACGACGCGUCUGGCUGCGCACUCAUUUGACUCCU